AUGCCUACCGCCACGAAAACAUUGACGUUCUUGUCGAGCUUCCUCACAAGCUUCGGGGCGUUCGUGGUCAUCUGCGCUGUUCUGGGGACCCCUCAAUGGGUCAGCAGCACCAUUGCCGUCAGUGAUGACUUCUCCAACGGCAGCAUUGUCAUCACCUACGGACUCUUUCGCGGGCAGAGCGCUCAAAAGCUGACUCAUGGACUUGGGGACGCAGACAAGGAUUUUGAAGUUUUAUCGGAACUGGGCAAUUCGGCCCCGAAGACGCUGCAUUCGGUGGUGAUCCUGUCCCUGGUCAUCAGCUUGUCCACGUCGCUGCUGAGCGCCGGGUUCACCUUCUACAACAGCGUCAGCAACCCCUACCAGACGUUCCUGGGGCCCCUGGGGGUGUACAUCUGGAGCGGGCUCAGCGGCUCCUUCGCCUUCCUGGCCUUGGUGCUGUUCGUGGGGAACGUGCAAGCCAAUCGCCUGUCGGAAGUGCUGGUCCAGGCGCUCUACUCACGCUACUCGCCGGCCACCCACCGUGGGACGGCGCACAGCUACGGCAGCUCCUUCUGGCUGCUGCUGCUCGUCCUCCUCCUCAGCAUCAUCACUGCCGUCAUCGUCGUUUUCUUCCAGAGGGCGCGGCGCCGGCGCCGGCAGGAGCAGAGGAAGCCGGUGGAGCAGGCCCCGCGGGACGGCAUCCUCUUCUGAGCGCCUCCUCGGACAGUCGCUGGGUCUGGGCUACGGGCCGCUCCCCGGCCUGGACAGCCGCAUGGCCGCGGGCCGCCCUAGCUGACACUGUGCGUGGCCCGUGUCUCUCAGACACCCCGUUCUUCACACGCGAUGGCCCCUCUCCACGAGGGCGGGAGGUGGAAGGGGAAGCUCUCCGGUCCGCGUGGUGGUCAGAGCGGCGGGAUGAUCGCGAGGCUGUGGGCUGUCUGGCCCGUCUCGCUGUCUGCGGUAAUAAAGGUGUGUUACCCCUUUCCUCUGAGGGACUCAGAGCGAGUCCGCACCUGCGAUCGCGUUCUGGGCGGGAGCGGCCAGGCGCUUUCAUUCCACUCACGAAGGAGGACCUCCACGGACAGAGGGACGCGGACUCGCCUUUCCAGACCACAUGCUGGGAGGAGAUCGGGGGCAAAUGACCUGGCCCCUGGGUCCUGCCAUGACAGACCCAAUGGGAGGUAUAAGAUACCUGUGUUGGGGUUCCAAGGUGGGUGUUUGUAGGGAAGAGAUUAGAAAGUGAAAAGAUAGAGGAAAGAGAGAAUCUUUACCCUACAGCCUAAAGGAGGCUCAAUAUAAAUAUCCUA